GCUAACUUGCGCCGUUCUCUUAUUCGGCUGGCAGAGGCCGCUCGCGAAGCCACUGAACAAGGUGAUCAAUACGCUGCUGCUCUUGAAGAGGAACUUUAUCGGCUCCGCCUGGAAAACGCAGGUCUUCGUGAAUUGCUAUCCAUUUCGGGCAAUGAACAACACCUUCGUAGAUCUGAUGGGUUGAGGGUGUAUGCAGAGCCGAGUUCAAAUGGAGCUAUGGCAUUGACCAUGACAAAUGCUCUUCAGCUCCCACGCCAGAUUACUGGCUCGAUCACCGCAAUGGCGACCACAAAUCCAGCUUCAUUGCCACUUUCGUCAUCAUCAUCGCCCUGCAUCACUCCUGUGCCUUGCAACGUCACAUUAGUUGCUAGCCAUUCGUCUCCUUUAGCCCCAGACAUUGAGUUGAUGGGCUCUUCUGAUGAGCAC